AUGACCGUCUCAUAUCCGCUAUGUGUCUUCCUUGAGAGUCGUGAUCAAGGGAAAUUACCUGCUGGUCACCCCUUCUGUCACCUUGUGAGGGAGACUGUUCACAAUGCUACCCUUGACCUUUCUAUCUUGCAUCACAUGGCGAGGAACACUCUUGAAAAUCCCGACGAAGUUGCAGUGAAGCAAAGGGCUCAGGAGAUCAUCCAUCAUCUACAAAACACCCCUCCCACAUUUUCUGGCAGCGACUCCCCUGCGAUGCACUCAACAUUCAUUGAUGUGCGUGCAUACUCAGGCUGUCAUGGCGGCAAAGGUCCAAAGGACACUAGAAAACAUAUUUAUGUUCAGAAGCGCUUGGUCAACAAUUGGAUGAAAGAGUCUACUAAAAAUAUGUCAUCAUCUUAUCUUCUCACUAUCUUCAUGCGGCUUUGCUUGAUACGUGGACUCAUCGCUGUGAUCAAACUUGCAUUCGCUUCAGAUGAGAUCAAGGUGAAGCCUGAUGCUCGUGGUUCUCCAUGUUCAUUGGAAAAUUUCCUUUCGCAAUGGAAUGGUUGGCUUGAGUUUGAGAGUGGUACCUUGGGACCUAUAGUAGCUGAAGAUCUUGAACGAUUGGCUUCUGGAGAUUGGACAAUAUUGAAUAAAACCCCGUCUAAAAUCCCCUACAACGUGUUCCUGCCGCACUGCCUACGAAUGUGGGAUUCCGCAAUAGAUCCCAAACCUCAAAAGAUGAUAGAGUCGGAAAUCAAAUAA